AGGCUCAAAAAGAGAUUGAGUCCCUGGUUAACCAGGAGGACCACUUAGUAGAAAGAAGAGCGAGGCUGCAAUUUAAGAGACAGCGUUACCUACAGACACUUUCACUAUUGUGUGAGAAGAGUACAGAGUCCAUCAGGCAGAAGCUUAAUGAAAUUAUUGCUAAACAAAAAUCCCUGGAAGCCCAGUCUAAUGCAAAAGAGAUGAAGUCCCAGCUGAACCAGGCAAUGCCCAAAUCUAAACCCAAACGUAAACUAGCUGAUCUUGGAAGUAAACAGAAAGGUUUAGCAUACCAGAACAAAUUGAAAGAUGUUCCCAAACCUACCUAUUCUCCUUCCAAACCAAUGGACUUGAGUAUUAAAAAACAAAAAAGCCUGGAACAGACUGAAAGUGUUUCCAAAUCCGCACCAGCCUCGCCUGCAAACCUCGAUGCUAGCAAAAACUCUCUUAAAACUCAGGAUAAAGAGAAAGGUAGCACGUCUAAACCUUCUCAGCCAUCCUUUAACUCCAGUCCACAAAAGAAACCUGUCUCUGUCCCAAGUCCUGUAAAACAUUCCCCAAUACCACGUGAGAGAACGCGUCCAAACAUUCUCUCCCGUGCUACAUCCCAGAUGAUACAAGGAUCUCCAGCCAACGAGCCUCUUUUUACUAAUGUGUGUAUACCUCAAGUAUUCCCUCUGAUGAAUACCAUGGUUCCAUGCAACCAAAUCAUAACCAUAAACAACCCACUUCAACCGAUUGGCAUCACCUCUGUAGGGACACAGCAAUCAUCCACACCAGGUGUUGCAUCUGUGUCCAUAGUUCCUGCAGUAUCGCACUCGGUUGGAGUGAAAAAUCCCCUUUCAUUGUUGCAGUCUCAGUUUAUUAAAAUUACAAACAGUCCUGUUAAUAUUAACACACAAGAAUUGUGA